UUGCGCUUGUUAAUGGAUUCCUUUGAGGCAGAAUUCUUUAAUACAGCUUUGGACUAUGGUUUACUAGAAGUGGAACAACAUCCUUCUACGACAGAAAGGUGGUUGUCUGAAUGGGAUAAUGAGGAUUUAACAGACACUUCCUCUCAAUUCGCGUCAAAGCCAACGGCAUCUAAAGUGAACCAAAUUGAGCACUUUCGUACAGCUCUCAAAACACUUCGUUCGAACCAGCAUUCUCGCCUUGAAGCACAGCAGCAAAAUGCCUCUCAAGCCUUAAGGGAACUUUCUAACUACGAAGACUCUUUAACACGUAAGGAUAAACAAGCACGAAAAGAUGCGCUUGAGGCCAUUCUACAGGUACCAUUUCAGGAAUUGAGUAUACGGGAGGCAUUUACAUGUGCUCGAAGGGAGCAUGAAGAAAUGGAGGAGAGAAUACGGAAGGAUCAAUCACGGAAGGAAGACAAUCGUUUCUAUUCAACGAAACAGUCCCAAUGA